CGCCCGAGGACGGCGCGCGCACGCUCGCGCUGCUGCUUGUGGAGUUCAUCUCCCCUGACGUCAUGUUCAACGGCCUUCCCUGGCCAGAUGAGGAGUUUAUGAAGGUGACCAUGGAGCGGGACCUGGAGAUGCGCCGCUUCUUCGAUCACCACCCGGUCAGCUGGUGCCUGCUGGAGCUGGUGGCGCGCCGGCCGCCCGCCAUCUGCUACUGCUCCGUGCUGCUGCGCGCGCUUGCCGCCACGCUCAUCCAACAUUGGUCCUCCACUACGGAGACGCAGGCCUGCAACAGCGCCGGCCCGCUGGACGUGACCGAGCGGCUGCUGCACGUGAUGGCGCUGGGCCAGCUGCUGCCUCCGCCGCUCACGCUCAUCCCCGAGAUGCUGGCCACGCUGACCUCGCACGAGGUGUACCUGCUGCUGACAGACGUCUGGGCGUACAUGCGCGAGACGGUGCCGUCGCCGGCGGCCUUCACGCACGACGCGGCCGGCGUGGCGAGCCGCUCGUUCCCGCCGCUGGAGGCGCGCUUCACGGCCCGCCUGCUGCUCGUGCUGCAGAACAACAUGGCCACGCUCGGCCACCUGUUCCCGCAGGGACUGCCGGAUGCAUACACGGCCGUCAGCUGAAGCUCAGCACCGCGGACCGGUGGCCAACCCACACACACCGCGAG